AUGGCCCGUGCCAAGGCGGAUCGGACCGAGCAUCGUCAUCUGCGUUGGAGCUGGCAUAUUCAUUUCUAUGAACAGUAUAAAAGAAGGGCUGUGGUUGAUAGGGAAGACCGUGGGUUUAAGGAUGCUGUGGCAGGUAGGAAAAGCGGGGGUCGUUCAUGGAUCUCUCCGCGCAUACUCAUAAAUACUAAAUGCACACUCUUGGCAUUCCAAGGUUUGCCGCGCGCAAUACUUAUUGGACAUUUUGACAAGAGGAUCAAGCCGCGUUAUGCCAAUUGGCUCCUGGGACGUAGCUCAUUUGGUUAUUUUAGCGCGAGACAUCAGCCCCUAAUUCUCGCGCAGCGCGAGUUAAUACCAAACAUACUUUCCUCUGUCGUGAUCUCUUCCAAGGGCCUUGUUAAACACAACUUUCAUCCUAAGAACAUUCUCUAUUCGUUCGUGCGUCUCCAGCUUGAUACGCACAUCAGUACAAAUAGAUCUAGGUUUGCACCAAAGGAGGCGAUUGACAGUGUAUCACCUUCGCCACUAAACUUGGAAUGA